CAGACUGGACCAGUCUUCAGAGGAAAGGCAAUGGCAUUUUAUCCCCUGCAAAUUGCUGGGUUGGUUCUUGGGUUCCUCGGUGUGGUGGGGACGCUUGCCACAACCCUUCUGCCUCAGUGGAGAGUAUCAGCUUUUGUUGGCAGCAACAUUAUUGUCUUUGAAAGGCUCUGGGAAGGGCUGUGGAUGAACUGUAUCCGACAAGCCAAGGUCAGGCUGCAGUGCAAGUUCUACAGUUCCUUGCUGGCGCUGCCGCCUGUCCUGGAAGCAGCCCGGGCACUCAUGUGUGUGGCCGUCGCUCUCUCCUUGAUCGCACUACUUAUUGGCAUCUGCGGCAUGAAGCAGGUCCAGUGCACGGGCUCCAACCAGAGAGUCAAAGCCUACCUUCUGGGGACUUCGGGAGUCCUCUUCAUCCUGACGGGCAUCUUCGUCCUGAUUCCAGUGUGCUGGACAGCCAACAUCAUCAUCAGGGAUUUCUACGACCCAGCCGUCCAUGUCGGUCAAAAGAGAGAGCUGGGAGCCGCACUGUUCCUCGGCUGGGCCAGUGUUGCCGUGCUCUUCAUCGGAGGGGGGCUGCUCUGCGGGUUCUGCUGCUGCAACAGGAAGAAGCAAAGACACAGAUACCCAGCCCCUGACUACUGUGUGCGGCGCACGGAUCCGCGGAGGAACGGGACCGGGCUCAGUAAGACCUCCACCAGCUACGUCUAACACCCGCUCUCUG